CUCUCUCCUCCCUUUACGUAACUACGUUGCUUUCACACGACCCCUAUAUCCUUUCUCUCUCCUCCCACCCCACUUUCCCUCUCUCUAUCAAAGAAGAAAAAAUUCCCAAAAAAUUCCUCCAUUUUUUCUUAAACCUUAAAUUUGAACUUUCUACUUUAAUGUCACUUCCAUUUCAACGGCUACAUUUUACUGUAAUCCGAGCUUGAAAAUUCGUGUGGGCUGUGUUUGGGUCAUUAACAAUGGAGUCAGUUUCCGGCGCUGAGCUUCGAUCCAUGGGUUUGGAGAAUUACCCAUUUGGGGAAGAAUUUCAGAAAUUGAUUAUUGCGCCGGAGAGUGGGAAUUCCUUUACUGCCCUUCUUGAGUUACCUCCUAAUCAAGCUAUGGAGCUUUUGACUGAUAAUUCUUCUGGUGGCGGAGGUGGCGGUGCAGGCGGAAGUAGUGGUGGUGGUGAGGUGGUGAAACGACAUCGUAUUAGUGCGUACAAUCAUUCUCUCUCCUCUCUCCCCGCGUUACCUUCUAAUCGCGCAUUAAUUGAGCGUGCUGCGAAGUACUCUGUGUUCGCUAGUGAGGAGUCCUCGCCGGAGUUGAAGGUGAAAGCCGAGCCGAUUGAUGAAGAUGGGUCAAACCCUAAUUCGUCGUCUGAUCCGACGGCUGGGAGUGAGAGUGAGAAGCCAUUGAAGCGGAAGGAGAGAGAAAAGAAGGGCAAGGGAUCGAGUAAGAAGAACAAAACGACGUCGGAAGAUGACGAGAAGCUUCCGUAUGUUCAUGUUCGUGCACGGCGAGGUCAAGCUACUGAUAGCCAUAGUUUAGCUGAACGAGCGAGGAGAGAGAAAAUUAAUGCUCGGAUGAAGCUGUUGCAGGAACUGGUCCCUGGUUGCAACAAGAUUUCGGGUACUGCAUUGGUGUUGGAUGAGAUAAUCAAUCACGUACAGUACUUGCAACGUCAAGUGGAGUAUCUGUCAAUGAGGCUUGCAGCAGUCAAUCCGAGAAUAGAUUUCAAUCUCGACAGCCUAAUUUCAGCAGGAACUGAAUCUAUGAUGGAUUGCAAUUUUCCGAACAUGGCUAUGGCUAUGCCACUAAUGUGGCCUGAAAUCCAUGCCAAUGGAGAUAGACAACAAUUUCAACAGCCAUGGCACCACCUUGAGUCUUUAAGUCAGCCAGUUUGGAUAAAGGAAGAGAACCAACCUAAUUUAGUUGCAUCCGAGAACUCACCCAUGACCUAUGAAUCACCUGCAAAUUCAGCAAUAGCAGCAUCAUUGCACUCAAGCCAGCUGAAAACAGAACUUUGAAGGCCAUAAGGAAGUGUGUGGUUGUAGCCAAUUUGUGUAUAUAAAGCAGAAAUUAGCAAAUAUGAUUAUAUUAGAAGUUUAGUCGGGAAGUAGAGAAGAGAUUAGGCAUCAGAAUUUCAGGUUGGGGUUUUCAUGUCUUCUCGAUAAUUCAGAAAUGGGCAUGGAAACCUUUCAAGUAGAUCUAGCUCGCUAGUUAUUCUACCAUAGUCUACAUAUAUAUAUAUAUUAAUAUAUUUAUACCAAAAUGAUGAGUGAUUCAGACCAAUAUCUCCCUGGAGAUGGCUGAUCGAUUCUGUUGUCAAAAGGGGGCGUAUAGAUGCAGUGAAUCCAUCUGAAUCCAAACCUGGUUUGCUUCAGAUAAGUGCAUAUGGCUCUGUGAAUAAAGUCAGCUGUGGCGCGUAUUCUACCUUACAUGCAUGAAAAAACAGGGGUGAAGGAUACACCAUUUUGAACAUGCAAAUUUCGUGUACCUAUUUGUUGUGUUCAAUUCACUAUUCUUGUAGUUGUCAGAGUUGGUUGAUUA